GAAAGAUGAAAUAGAAAUAGCAUAUUUGGAUUGACUAUCCAUAGGCACUUCAGGGAACCCCCUGGUUUUUAAGGCUUUCAUAUAAAUACCACAUGCCUGAGAGAUCUAUACAUAUUGCUGAUAAGAAUUGACUCAAUUUUUAAAAAUUAUCUUGUUGGCUAUUUGUUCAAUUCUGCCUACCAAAAGUAAGUUUAGUGGAAUAUAUAUUUGGAAUUUACUCCUAGAUAAAUAAUUAUAGCUCUAUAGCCUGAACAAAUUCUGCAUGAGGAUUUCCGAUGUGCAAAAAAAAAAAAAAAAAAAAAGACACCAAUGGGCAGAAAGAAAACUACAACACCCAGGAUGCAACGUGGCAGCCAUGCCGGGACCGAGCAUGAGCAUAGAUGGGUCCUGCCUGGGAACAGCGCCGGCCGAAGAGAAAUGGUGAUAAACAAGAGAGCGAUUUAAACUCUCUCUCUCUCUCUCUCUCUCUCUCUCUCUCUCUCUCUCUCGCGUAGGCAAAGGAGCAGCUGGAAGGAGGACCACUCUCUUCCAGUGAUUGCGGACCACCGCCACUGCAUCGACGCCGUGUGAGGCAAAGUUAUGCGUCCCCAGUAGCGGGCGGAGAGCCUAUUGCUGCAACAACAGGGCGAGAACUACUGCAGUGUCCUAGGAAGCGCUGCAGGAGGUGAGCAGCUGGCUGGUCUGUAGAGGGCCAGUUCUUUUUGGGACGGGGACAGCAGCGGUGGUGAGAGAAAGAAGGGAUUGCAAGACAAGCGGCACUUUUUCCGACAGCAGAGCACGCUCUGAGACUCAUAUUCAGAUGUGCAAAGAAAGACAGCUUUUUUACUCCGCUCUUAUUAUUUUGAUGGCAUUCAAAAUCAGAGGGCAAGUGCCAUUCUCGCUGCUGUUGUAAUAUGGAUGAAUAGGUGCCAGUCUUGUUUGCCCACGUCUUUUAGUUUGAUUCCAAGUCUUUGCUCCAUUAUGAUAAAGAAGACUGAGAAUGCAUUCUUCUUCCUUAGCGUUUACCACCUGCCUACUUCCAAGAUCUGGGUCCAGAAUGAACAUAGCAGCAGUGUUUAACUCCUUGCUAGUAUGUGUCCUUGCUGCUGUGCUGUGGAACUAUAUCAAGCUGCAUGAUCAUGUCUUUGUGCUGGAAGAGGAGUUAGUCCUCAUGCGUCAGUCCCAGGAAAUCUCUCAGUUCAGCAUUGACUAUCAUGUCGCACUUCAAGCUCUGGUAGAAGAUGGCACCAAAAUGGUGUGCACUGGCAGGAUGCACACUGACCGUAUAUGCCGUUUUGAGUCUCUCUGUUAUUCCACUGAAGCUGAGGAAUUCGUCUUCUUCCAUAGCAGUUCUUCUGUCAUGCUUCCAAACUUGGGCUCCAGAAGAUUUCAGCCUGCCCUACUUGAUCUCUCCUCAGUGGAGGACCAUAAUACCCAGUACUUCAAUUUUGUAGAACUACCGGCUGCAGCUCUGAAAUUUAUGCCAAAGCCUGUUUUUGUUCCUGAUGUAGCACUGAUUAUGAAUAGGUUCAAUCCAGAUAAUUUGAUGCACAUUUUCCAUGAUGAUCUCCUUCCAAUUUUCUAUACAAUGCAGCAGUUCCCAGAUUUGGACUUGGACACCAGAUUGUUCUUCAUGGAAGGCUGGGGUGAAGGACUACACUUUGAGCUAUACAAAUUGCUUAGCAACAAGCAACCACUCCUAAGAGAGCAGCUUAAAACACUUGGGCGGCUCCUGUGCUUCACCAAGUCAUAUGUAGGUCUGUCUAAAAUCACAACCUGGUAUCAAUAUGGUUUUGUUCAGCCCCAGGGGCCAAAAGCCAAUAUCCUGGUCUCUGGCAAUGAGAUCCGACAGUUCAAAACAUUCAUGAUGAAGAGGCUAAAUGUGAGUUUGGAAGGGAUACCUGGUGAGGAAUAUAUAAUAGUAUUCAGCCGAACCAUCAAUAGACUAAUCCUAAAUGAGGCAGAGCUAAUUUUGGCACUUGCCCAAGAAUUUCAGAUGAAAACCAUUACCGUUUCCAUAGAAGACCAUACAUUUUCAGAAAUAGUACACUUGAUUAGCAAUGCAUCCAUGCUUGUCAGCAUGCAUGGAGCUCAACUUGUGAUGUCUCUCUUCCUGCCAAGAGGAGCCACUGUUGUGGAACUCUUCCCUUUUGCAAUAAAUCCUGAACAUUAUACCCCUUACAAGACAUUAUCUACCCUUCCUGGCAUGGAUCUUCAGUACAUUUCAUGGCAAAACACUGAAAAGGAGAAUACUGUGACUUAUCCAGACAGACCUUGGGAUCAAGGAGGAAUUGCCCACUUAGACAAAACAGAACAAGAUCGCAUUAUAAAGAGCAAUGAGGUUUCCCGGCACCUGUGUUGCCGCAACCCAGAAUGGCUUUUCCGUAUCUAUCAGGACACCAAAAUUAAUAUUGCUUCCCUUAUCCAGAUCAUCAGGCAAACAGUGAAAACCAAACCAAGGCCUAAGAAGCAAAAGUGGACUAGUGGCCUCUAUCCAGGCAAAGUUAGAGAUGCUAAAUGCCAAGCCUCUAUCCAGGGUACCAGUGAAGCUAAGCUCUCUAUAUCUUGGCAGAUCCCUUGGAAUCUGAAAUACUUGAAGGUCAGAGAAGUAAAAUAUGAAGUUUGGAUUCAGGAGCAAGGAGAAAAUACAUACAUGCCUUACAUUUUGUCCCACCGAAACCAUACAUUUUCAGACAACAUUAAACCAUUCACGAACUAUCUGGUGUGGAUCCGAUGCAUUUUCAACAAAAAUCUCCUUGGGCCCUUUGCAGAUAUGUUAGUUUGCAGCACAUAAUUGUUUUAUAGCUACUAGCUUCAAAGAAGGCAAACCCAAGUUUGGGUCCUGUCAUUUAAGAAGAUGGACAAGAACUUGCCGACCAUGAUAGUGCCUACAUGCCACUUUAUUGCAUUCUGAAUGUCUUCUCUGUUCUGUGUAACAUUACAUUCAGUUAGUAGAUAAACUCUCUUAAUUAUUUAAAGAGGCAUGAGGCUACAAAAUCGGAGUGGAAUAAUUGUUUUAUCUUGAUAGUUCUAGGAACUUUUCUGUCUCUCUUUUGUGUGGUAAAUCUUUUAAAUCUAGCUUUAUACUGGAAUUUGGUUAUGUCACUGAAUGUACAAUUUUAAAUUUAUUUUUUUGUUUGUUUCCUAAAAGGUGUGUAUUCCAGAGCAGAAAUUUGGUUCCAGAAUAUUUAUUAAAUAGUUGAAAACC